AAAAAAAAAAAAAAAAAAGUUGUCUUCGCUUUUUUCACUUUCUUUAUCAAGUCAAUCUCCAACAAUUCAAAGAGUGAAAAAAAACGUCAAUAUAAUGAACAAUGAAGUUGUAGCUUUACAUAACUUACCACCAGUUACUUCCGAUACCGAUAUUACUCAUACCACUAAGCCUUAUCAUCAUGAAGAAGACGAAGAAAACCGAUUAUUAAGUGACGAAGACACCUAUGAUGAUGAUGAUUAUGACAAUGAUGAUCAACAAAACUAUAUACCCACUAACUAUACCUGUCCAUCUAUGCUCUGGCGAAACCGAACCAUACGUUAUAUCAUGAUUGGUGUUUUUAUUGCCUUUAGUUUCCUACUAUUUCGAAUCACUUUAGCUCUAGUGGCUCAUAAAUAUGGACAUGAACAUUAUAGUCGCCCUGUUGAAAGACUUUAUCACAAUGGAUCUGAAUAUUAUGCAUCUACGGUCAUUUUGAUCUCUUUGGAUGGUUUUAAACCUGCUUAUCUUGAUCUGGGUAUUACACCAAAUUUAAUUCAACUAGCCAACGAAGGUAUACAAGCAAACUAUAUGUAUCCAUCCUUUCCUACACUUACUUUUCCUAAUCAUUGGACUCUGGUGACUGGUAUGUACCCAGAAUCACAUGGUAUUGUAGCAAAUGACUUUUAUGAUCCUACUAUGGAACAAACCUUUCAACAUUACAACAAAUCAUCAAAUACGGAUCCUCACUGGUGGCAAGCGGCUGAACCUAUUUGGGUGACGGCGAACAACUUUAAUCGAAUAUCGGCAUCCAUUAUGUGGCCAGGAUCAGGAGCAAUCCCACCGACUUAUUUAUAUCCUUUCAAUGCGACAACUUCUCCAAGCGAGGUGGCCGACUUGACUUUGGAAUUAUUAGAUAUGCCUUAUAACAAACGACCACAAUUCAUAUCAGCAUACAUACAUCAAGUAGAUUCAGCUGGACAUGCUUUUGGACCUAAUGAUGAUGCGAUAAAAACAUCUAUUCGACAAGCAGAUCACGCUAUAGGCAAACUCUUGGAAGGACUUAAGCAACGACAUAUUGAUGAACAUGCUCAUAUAGUGGUGGUGAGUGAUCAUGGUAUGGCAAAGACGGACAAUUAUAUUUAUUACGACGAUAUCUUAUCAACAACCUCACUCUCUUAUUUGCGACAUCGAGAAGCAUGGCCAUUGCUUGAUCUUCGACCUCUAGAUGAUACACCUCCCAACGCUACUCAUCAAAUCUAUGGCGAACUCGCUUCAUAUGCUAAACAAUAUCCUGAUGAUGCUCAUUAUCAAGUCUAUCUCAAGGAAGAUGUACCAACACAAUAUCAUUAUAACAACAACGAACGCAUAUCGCCUAUUGUCACGAUCCCUGAUCCUGGAUAUGCUUUUGUUAAUCACGACGAUACUGAUCCAUCCUCUGGUGUAUCUCAUCAACCAAUUGGCAUGCAUGGUUAUGACCUUUUUCAUUCUGAUAUGCUGGCUAUCUUUAUGGCAAAAGGACCUAAAAUCAAUCGUUGGUUCCCAGUACAAAAGACACCUACUAUCGCUACUUCCGUCACCUCCUUCAAGAAACGCAUCCUCGCUCCCUUCCACAACGUCGAAGUCUAUGAAUUCUUGACCGAGCUGCUCAACAUCAACGGUAACCCCAACAAUGGCACUCUACAUGGAAAAUUAGUGUUAGCUUCUUCUAUUUCUUCGUGAUUACCCUACUUUCUAUAUAUCCUUUCUCCCUAUCACUCAACUUUUGUUUUUUAGUUUAUAUAUCCUAUUCUCAAUAAAAUUGAAUCAUUGCUAGAUGUUCUUCAGA